AUGAGGUUCACGUCAACGACGUGCGGCCUCGGUGCCCUUCUCACCCUUCUCGUUCCAGCUCUAGCGGACGAAUCUGCGCGCAUCAUCACUUUCCUCACCCGAAAGGCUGGAAUGACGGAGCAAGAGUUCCACGAUCACUGGACGAACACGCAUGGCCCCCUCGUCGUGCCAUGGGCUCUCCAGUACGGCGUCAAUCGGUACACUCAGUACCACACCACCGAGGCAAAUCGCACGACCCUUCAGAAAGCUCUAAGGCUGCCGGACGAAUACCUCUUACAAUACGACGGAGCGGCCGACUUCACCGUAUCGAGCAUCGAGCAGUUCUUGUCCGCUUAUGCGGACCCUUACUACAAACAGGUCAUUGAGCCCGACGAGAAGUCAUUGUUUGCUCAUAGUGGAGAUGUGAUGGUAGUUCGGGGCUCGCUGGGAUGGACUACAGACAUUAUUGAAAAUGGCGGAGCUGUGGUGGAUGUCGCGGGUGGUUGUAGCAAGUGGCGAGAAAUUCAUGGAAGUGCGAGAAGGGGGUGUUGA